AUGGAUUAUGUUGGCGUGGAAGAGAGAGACGAGCAGACGGUAAUGAUGAAACUUCCCUUGGAAAUAUUCUUUAGGAUUUUCCAAAUCCUAGAUAGUUCUGGCAAGUUGCAUCCUAAGUUUAUGAGGGUGUGUAAGGCCUUUUAUGCGAUGAUUUUGCCACUCAUUUAUCGAGCACCACACCUUCGAGCAACCAAUUUUUUCAAUUUUGUUGAAACUUUAUCCAACAACAAGCCGCUUGGGAAUUUCAUAAUCAACCUUGAUUUAGCCUAUGUGAUCCAAUCGGGAAAAAAUGCAUUUGUUGCUAGGCUAUUAAAGCAAUCUCGAAAGAAUUUGGAGUGUUUUGUAGCUCCUCAGACAAGUUUUGGACUUGGGCCAUUGAUCGCGUUGAAAAAUUGUCAAAACUUGAAGGUGUUGGACUUGCGGUUGGUCUCAGAGACUGUGAAUUUAGCACAGCUUUUCCACUCAAUCGAGAACUUGUCUUCCUUGACCCACCUAUCAUUCCCCAGAUCAUCCAUUGAAAUAAGCGAUUAUGAGCGUAUAUCAUGGCCGACCAAACUCACAUUUUUGCGAUUAUCGGGUGGGAUUAGUGACGAGUUUCUAUAUCAUUCAAAGUUUCCCCAAUCAAUCACAAACAUGGAGCUUGCACAUUGCCCUGCAAUAUCAGAUAUGGGCUUGAAGCAAGUUCUAUAUCGAGUAGGCGCUCAAUUAACAACACUAAAAAUACAGUACCCCAUGCCUGCGUUGAAACAGAAUACACUAGACGAAGUUUUUUACUUUUGUCCCAACCUACGAGUGCUUGAAAUUAGUGUUGAUUACGUAUCCUCGAUGUUUUUUGAUGAGCAAUAUUUAGGGUACCCAGAUACACCAAGACCCUUGAGGACAUUGUAUAUAAACAGCAGUGGGAUGCUAGGUACUCUGACAAAACUCGACCCCAUGGAUUUGGCCGUGGCUCUCGAUGACGAUCGAUUACCGUUGUUGAAAAACGUACAGUGUACGGCGAAGCUUGGAUGGGACCCGAAAUCCGAUGCAGUUCAGUUCAUAGUAGAUAAGCUAGAUGAAAGGGGAGGUGGCUUGUAUAUAGGAUAUUAA